AGAUCAUUUGCUUUCAGAUUGACUGUCAACCAUUACAGUUGCCAACCUCCCAUUGGCGAGUGACACUAUAGAGAGGUUCUCAGGUAGCUUAUAAGGCUGAUCCACACUGAAUGCAUGUAUUCUGAAUAUAUUAGUUAUCAUCAGGUGAAACGGUUCAGUGCGGAUGACGCCCAUUCAUAUAAUAUGAUACAUCGGCACCUUCCCAGAGUGAACCUUUUGGGGGACCAUGCCAUUGUAGUCUGUUGUUGACACUGAAAAGCGUCAACUUGUGCGAGUACUUGCAUCAUUUGUGCCCUUCGACGAAAGUUUCGUUACAAUCGGGAUUUCCAUUUCCUAAUUAAUGGGGAGGAAGGAACAAAUACGUCAUUCGUCUGCGCAGUGAUCGAUUUUGAACUAAAGAAAGAAAUUGCAGCUGUAUCCUGUACUCGAUGAAGUGGGUGACACUACGUAGAAAUCCAACGGUGAACCGCCUGAAUAAAGUCAAGUCUUGCUGUAUUGUAAGGCCGAUGCGAUUCUUAUCCUGCGAUUCGGUUUACAAUAAUGAUCCUGAAAGGUGCACCAGGACCGGCAGGCAGGCUUCGUGAUGAAUAGAAUGUGACUGCGUACGACGUCAGUGCAGUACGGCACAUGUACUGGUCUUGAUCACGGAGUAAAAAACAAACUCUGUCGAAAGAGAACAGGCGUGAGCUCCUUACAACGAGAGCUACAUGUACAUGUAUACACAUCGAGGAACACAGUGUACUGUACCUCAGCACUGGCUACUUUCGAAGAGCGAGAUUAGAAUUUGAAUCGCGAUGGAAUUAGAGACCAAGGAUCCCAACCCCGACCCACCCGCUGUAGGCGGCCAACAACAGAUGCCUACAGCAUAUCCACAACAGCCAGCCCCUGCUGCCUAUCCAUCCCAAGCCCCUCCGGCCUAUUCGACUCAACCUCAGCCGUGCCCUCCUCCUGGGCAGCCGGCGAUGGUCGCCCAGCCGGGAGUACCGCCACCGUCCGCGCCUGCCCGCCCGGCCGUGGUGACAGCCCAGCCCAUGGGAACGACCUACGUCACCGUGCCCAUGCAGAUGUUCACGCCUGACCCCAGGAUCAUGCAGUGCACCAACUGCGGGAAAAACAUCACCACCGAGACCAGGAAAGCGAACGGCACAGCAGUCUGGGUGAUAGUCGGAUGGGUAUGCUUCGUGACGGUUUGGUUUUGCAUGUGUCCUUUCGCCCUGAUCCCGCUCUGCAUUCCCAGCCUGAAGGACACCAUUCACAGCUGCCCUGAGUGCAAGUUCACGCUAGGAAAGCACUCACCGGGCGGAGCCGGUCUUUGAGAGUUCAAUAGGCACAAUGGGAUGAACCAGUUGGUAAACAAUUUAUGCACCCGGGGUUUUGAUUUCAUUUUGAGAAAGUUAAUGAUCGAUAUGGGCCAGUAUUUAGGAACAGUUAGAAAUAAUUCUUCAUUCACGAAUCUUUGAUUUCCAUCGAAAGGGGUUGAGAAGUGAGAAACGUCGUUCUGCUCAUGCGAAAUGUCCAGAAUUUUGUUCUUUGAGUAAAUUCAUGUGCUGAAGGCUGUAACAUAAAACUAAAGGUUUGUAAUGAAUUUUUUUUUUGUAUUUUGUCAAAUUUAACUUUUGAACUAAAGGUAAGCAUUGACGUGUAAAUAUCCAGUAGCAGAAAAUUGAUUUUUUUUUCGAUGCUGUAUAUUUGCAAGCAGUUUCGACCAGACAACCAUGACUGUGUGUGACGUGUUUGUUCUCGCAUCUUAAAUUCUCCGUAAAGUUUUGGAUGCUCAAUCAACAAAUGUUUUAUGACGAAAUUCCUUCCUGUUAAUGUUAUGAUGGAAUGUUUUCUUACAGUUGUUUAGAAAUGCAUCUUGCGGUAUUCAUUUUGCUUUGGCCUUAGUGUAGUUAGAUGGGGUUACCAACUGAAAAGCCAUUGAGAACAUCUAAAAUAUUUACAAAAAGUGCCCCUAUUGUUUUAUUGCAGAGUUAUACUAAAAAACUUUAUGGUUAAUUUUUAGCGUUUGAUAGAGAUUUUAGUGUUUGUCGUUUUUACUGAAAAUAUUGUCCUGUCGGUGAAUGUGUAAAAGGUGAAAGAUCCAUUUUUACUGCAUAAGUAGUGCCUUUUUUUCUUGAGAUAGGUUCCCAUUUUAAUAUUAAUAUAGUGCCAAUAGUUAAGUUUGUUAUAUGGAUGUUUUUCAUGCUGCUGUUUCACGCUGAAUAAUUGAAGACUUUUAUGUGCAACUCGGACACAGAAUACAUCAUCGGUGUUUUCACCAAGUGACAAAAACCCUUAACAUGCAAAGCAGACAUUCCAAGAUCACGUGUUUGAAGUACCCCCCAUGACACAUUUUCGCCGCCUUUUGUUGCUAAGGAUUCCAGGAGUGUUGUGAACAGUCAUGGAAUGUAAGAGUUUGAAACAAAGGCUUAUCCACAUCAUUUGCAGAAUUUUUUUUUCAAUUACACAAUAAUUCAUUAUAAUAAAACCUUUUCACCUCGUGAAAACGGCAAAUUUUUUGAUGUCUUACUUUUCUCUUUCACACUGUGCACACUUUGUGCCUAUGAAAAUAUGUUUACAUAUUUGUUACAUUUCGAGACCCACGCUAAAUUUUAUGUUCAACAUCGUUCGCGCACAUGCUCACGCUGGCACCCCGAUUCGCGCAGAACAUCGUGAAACAAAUAUAGAGACCGAACUUUAUAUGAAAGUAAACAUUUUCCUUUGUAACCGUGCCAAAUGUUCUUUGAAUCAUCGGGACUUAAAUCGCAGAAAAACUCUCGAUUAAAAAUGACUGAUUUUCCAGAUUUUUGUCACUGAAAACACCGACGACCUGUACACCACCAACAUGUUAACUUUUACGUAUUUAUAAUCAUAUUUUUCUUCGUAUACCGUAACUAAUCCAUCCUCUUUAAUUCUUUUAACCAGUUAGUUAAUUCACAAGGAUUUUAAACAACGCCAAAAAAUAAAACAUUUUAAUCACCGGAUACUUUGCUUUAACUUUUGAUUUGUCACGGAGUUGUAUCGUUGUACUUCUGAAAUAAGCAAUAGAAUGCCCGUGCAAGAACACCCUUGGAAAACUUACAACCAUGUGUCUUUCUUUUGUCGCUUGGGAGGUUGACUUCAACUCGGGGCUGAGAGUGGCCCGUUUUCCCCACUGGAAUUGAGGGGAGGAAGGGGAUAGAACACCUGCCCAAUUCUCAAGUCGAUGUUUUUUUAAAGUGAUGUACAUAUUUUGAGUUAAGUAAAAGGCGAAGCAAUUCCCACAUCGUUGGUGGUCCCGGCAGUGUGUCCCUGAACACUUGCGCUGGAGCGAUUGAGCACAAGAAGUAAUCAAAAAUCGACGUCGCUGCUCGAACGAUGGUUUGACUGUCGCGGCUCUUAUUUCGGACAUGAACAAAUUUUGGAAAUUGCUUGUUUUCAUGGCUCAAUGUAUGCCUAAAUGCAUCUUUACAAACUAACUGAUCAAACUCUAAAAUCAGCUUCAUCGCAGUAACUAUUAAUAAUAAUUGCACUUGUGUUCGAAGUAUGAAAACGUUGGAGAAGGUUUACUGAACAUUCUAUUCUCUACCGAACUCGUGACAGUAAUGAUUCUGCAAGUACAGACAGAUACGGAUGAAGUAUGUGUUGAGACUAAGUUGAUGCGGAACAUCGAGUUGCUGUUACUACAAGUUGACAUUCUUUUCAGGUUAACAAUGUGUGGUUUAGUAUUUGU